AUGAAUCGGAUGCAUAGUAGAACGAAUUAGAAUGGAAAACAAUUUUCACCCUUAAUUUUGGUCUCCUCAUAUCCUGUGUCCGUCCCACUUGCAGUGCUCGACAUCAAUGAGUGACAAGUUUGGAUCUUUCGAUCAUGGGUUUUCAGGUAUAGACUCCAAAAUUUUUAUUUGAUGCAAUUAUUAUAUAUAUAACAAUUUAAUUAUAAUUGGUCGUUUAAUGAUAGAAGCAAUAAUGGGACAAGAUAGGAAAAUGCAUUUGAUGCUGAUUAUCGAAUGAAAUUAAAAAAUUAUUUUCCUUCUUAAAAUAAAAUUUUUAAGCUGAAAAUUAUAGAGUAAAAUAAAUUUCAGUUCUUGGGAGGAGACUAUAUCUUUCCUUUCUCAUAGACAAAGUCAUAAGUCUUCUCCUGCCUCUAUAGCUUUUUAUAUGGCUACAUGCCAAUGGUAAUAUAGAAACUAAAAUUGUUGCACCCCAAAACAACAAAACUUGUUUCACUAGUUUGUUAGCUAAGUCUCUUCCUUCAUGGGUGGCAGACCUGGACUUUCCAUAUCUUUCACGGUGCUUUAUGUUUUGGCCUGCUUGACGAUAACAAGAACCAAUAUCACCCCAGAUUUUCAUUCGAGAACGAACACAACCACCGACCAAUAUGCCCUUCUUGCUCUCAAAGCUCACAUCGCUCGCGAUCCUCGCAAUUUCUUGGCGGAAAAUUGGACCGCCAAAGCUUCUGUUUGCUAUUGGGUUGGCGUGACUUGCGGUGCUCGCCAACAAAGAGUGACGGCGUUGGAUCUUUCGUUCAUGGGUCUUCGGGGCACCAUCCCUCCUGAAAUUGGAAAAUUAUCUUUCCUUUCUUCGUUCACAAUCACGAACAACAGUUUUCAUGGCUCUCUUCCCAGUGAAUUGGCUCAUUUGCCCAGGUUGAAAAUCGUUGAUAUCGCAAACAAUAACUUCAGCGGAGAAAUCCCAUCACUGUUCAACUUUUUGCCAAAGCUCGAAAGGUUGGUUCUUCAUGGAAACAAUUUCAUGGGCACUCUUCCAACUUGGCUCUUCAACAUUUCCACACUGAAGCAUGUUAAUUUGUCCCAUAAUCUUUUACACGGGAAUAUUCCAGCACCAGCAGAGUUUGGUAAUAUAGAGGAGAUUGAUGUGAGCUGGAACCAGAUUUCAGGUUCCAUUCCAUCAACUUUCUGGAACAUGUCCACGUUGCGGCAUAUAGACUUCCGCUACAACAGGGUGUCUGGUAGCCUUCCUGAUGAUUUGUGCCAAAAACUUACUCUUCUUCAGGUACUCAGAGUAGCUGCUAAUGAGCUUUUUGGUCCAAUUCCAUCCAAUUUAUCUCAUUGCAGAGAGCUUAAUCUGCUGUCUCUUUCGAGGAACAAAUUCGAUGGAAGAAUACCAAGGGAUAUCGGAAAGCUGACCAAGCUAAACCGGCUAUAUCUUGGCUUCAACAACCUGAUAGGAAGAAUUCCAACAGAUAUUGCUAAUUGUGCUCUGCUUACGGUCCUAUAUAUCCCUCGUAAUUACUUGAAACGUAUCAUUCUGCGAGUUAAUUUUCAUAAUCUUAAUUACAAUGCCUAA